UAAAAGUUGGGGCCAUGAGAGCACGGGGCUGUCGACGAAACAUUCGGUCUUCAUCAUCUCUUUGCUGCUGGUUAUCCUGCGGGUGAAUAAGUUGCGAUCGCCAUGGCCACCUUGGGAGGAGUUCAUGAUGCGAAGGAGAUCGAGAACAGCGUUGAGAUCGAAGAGCUCGCUCGCUUCGCUGUCGAAGAGCACAACAAGAAGGCGAAUACUCUUCUUGAGUUUGUUCGAGUAGUGAAGGUGAAAGAGCAAGUUGUAGCUGGAAUUAUUUACUAUAUAACUAUUGAGGCAAUUGAAGGAGGGAAGAAGAAGCUAUAUGAGGCUAAAGUCUGGGUCAAACCCUGGAUGAAGUUUAAGGAGCUUCAGGAGUUUAGUCCGUUGGAUGACUGCUCUUCGGAGAGUCAAACUCCAAAAGAUGGGCAUGAAACUGGAUGGAUGAUGGUGCCAACGAAUGAUCCUAUCAUACAAGAUGCAGCAAUUCAUGCUGUACAAUCCAUCCAACAAAUGUCUAACUCACUGAUCCCAUAUAAACUGCUUGAGGUCCUUUCUGCGAGGGCCAAGAAGGCUGAAAAUUCUGCCAAGUUUGAACUGCUGCUUAAAGUAAGAAGAGGACAGGAGGAGGAGAAGUUCAUGGUGGAAGUAGAUGAGACUAUGCAAGGAACAUUUCAUUUGAAUCAGAUGAGGCAGCAGGAUUCAGAUUCUGGUAUUUACUAAUUAUUUACAUGUAUGAAGGAUUGCCCAAUAAAAUGUCCUGGAUUGGUCUCCAAGGCCUAUCUAAAUCCCCUAUUGUGUAAGUGGUGGAUGCUAUUAUUCUGUUUGUAAUUCAUAUGUUAUUGCCAUUAUUCUUAUUCUUCUUCUUAUUAUUAUUAUUUGUAAGCAUUGUAAAGGAAAGUGGCAUACUUUUUUACCUUUUCAAA